AGACAAGCGACAGAUUGUCGAUAGAAGCAUAAAUGGCGACUACAAUACCCCAAGCACAAGCCCAGCAACAUCCUCAUUUCCCUCCCCCGCCAGGUGCUCCGCCUUCUUCACUAUACCAGCCGAAUGCGCAACGAUCGCCGUCUUUCCCACCGCCAUCGUUCAGCUACCCCCCUCCUCCUCGCGCGCAGACGUCCUCUUCCCUCUCCGAGAAGACAAGUAUCGCAGGCGCCUAUACAGCGAACGUCGGGAUAAACAAUGCGCCUCAAGCAGCUCCCAGCUAUACAGCACAGCCGGAAAUACCGUCCUCAGAGCCAUCUCCAAGCGUCGUAGAGACAGAGAGAGCCUCCGGCGGCCCUCUCCAUUUCAACCAGCUCCUAAGCUCUUCCACUGCGGACGAAAUCGGCACAUUCAACGGAGGAAGCUACCGAAUCAGCCACCGGGACACGAACUCUGUACUCACAUUGCAGCUGGCCAUGGGAUGCCCGAUCGAGGCAAGACCAGGGGCCAUGAUCGCGAUGUCCGAACUCGUAACACUUAGAGGCAGCAUGCGCUUCUCUCUGAAGAAAGUCCUCGCGGGCGGCAAGCUCUCCCUGUCCACCUAUACCGGCCCUGGCGAGGUCCUCCUUGCCCCGUCCACCCUGGGCGAUAUCAUGGUCCUCCGGCUCGCCGGCUCUGACUCGUGGAAAUGCGGCCGCGAUGUCUUCCUGGCCUCCACGAGCGGCAUCAAGAAAGAAUAUCAGACGCAGUCACUCACCAAGGGCAUGUUCUCUGGUGAAGGGUUCUUCAUCUACAAGAUGGAAGGCGUGGGCCUCAUCUGGAUUCAGAGCUUCGGGGCUAUUAUCCAGAAGGAUAUCCCCGAAGGUGAAUCGUACCUGGUCGACAACGGCCACCUGGUCGCCUGGAACUGCAAGUACAAGAUCGAACGCGUCGCCUCGGGGGGCAUCAUCUCCGGCCUGGCGGCCGGCGAGGGUUUGGCCUGUCGGUUCGCCGGGCCUGGAACGGUGUACUUGCAGACAAGAAACGUCAACGCGUUUGCUGCGCAGAUUGGGGCUAGCACUGCUAGUGGAUGAUCAAGCUACAGCUCUUGCCUGGGCGUCGUCAGGCAAAGGGUACCUAGUACGCACGAGGCCGCCUGGUCCGGAGAGAGAAAUUACGGGACUUGUUAUGAUUAUGGCUAGCAGGCGUUUGAUUAUGCAGUGUGUGCAUUUUCGGUUCCUUUCCUUUCAGAUUGUCGUCGCUUGUAUGUUGCACCUUGAUACCUUUCAACGAUCAUUUGAGCGUGGCUUGGCUUGACAUGGGGAAUUUGCUAAAGUGUGACAAUAUACUCACUUGCAUUGUAUUGAUUUUCC